UGUCUCACAGCCCCAGUCCAGCCCUCUGCAGGCAUUUGCUGCGGGCUCCAGGGCAAGCACUCAUCAGCUGGUGCAUCUGGGCUACGACAGUGAAAAUGUUUAGUGUCAUCGGAGACAACUACAUGUACAGGGGACCCCAAUAGGCAGGCUGGUGUGUCGGGGGGGCAGGAAGCCAGGAGUGAAGUCUGACAUAGGUGUGCGCACACACAUACGUGUAGCUGGCCACAUGUGUGCAUACUCCAAGGAGAGACUUUAGUUUUGGUUUUUGUUUUGGUUCCUGGGGUGAAUUUUCUACUGAACAUCUUCCCCUCUUAUUUAUUUAUCUUUUUUUUUUUUGCAUUUUUAAAAUUUUGAAUAUAAAAAGUGUAAGAAUCAAAACUUUGAAAAGACGGAGGCUCAGCGGCAGACGGCAGAUGGAUCCUGUGGCCAGCAGCUGCAUGAGGAGCCCCCACCCCCCAGCCCCAGGCUGGGGCUGCCUUCGAAACCCCCACUCUGAAGGCAGUGGGGCCUCAGGGCUGCCCCAUUACCCGCCAACACCGUUCUCCUUCCACCAGAAACCAGACUUCCCGGCGACAGCGACAGCAGCAUACCCCGACUUCUCGGCCUCCUGCCUGGCAGCCACCCCACACAGCCUUCCCCGGGAGGAGCGCAUCUUCACUGAGCAGCACCCCGCUUUCCCACAGCCCCCCGACUGGAACUUCCCUGUCUCAGAGGCCCGGCGCAGGCUCAACCCGGGCCCAGUUGGGGGCUCCAGGGGCAUGGGGGCCAGCAGCCCAGGCCUAGUGGACACCACGGGAGGCCCGGGCGAGGACUACGAGGUCCUCGGGAGCACUGCCAGUGAGAUGGAGAAGAAGUCAUCCAGACGGAAAAAGGAGAGUUCAGACAACCAGGAGAGCCGGGGGAAGCCUGAGGGCGGCAGCAAGGCUCGCAAGGAGAGGACCGCCUUCACCAAGGAGCAGCUGCGGGAGCUGGAGGCCGAGUUCGCCCACCACAACUACCUGACCCGGCUCCGGAGAUACGAGAUCGCUGUGAACCUGGACCUCUCCGAGCGGCAGGUCAAAGUGUGGUUUCAGAACCGAAGGAUGAAGUGGAAGCGCGUGAAAGGGGGUCAGCCUAUCUCCCCCAGUGGACAGGACCCUGAGGAUGGGGACUCUGCUGCCUCCCCAAGUUCAGAGUGAGAUUCUCCACGGAGAAAGAAAGACUGAGACCUCUACCCAGCUCCCCUCAUCCCAAUCCUCACCCCAAUCCCACCUUUACCUUCUCCCAUCCCUACCCCCCAGAGCAGCCUCUCCACAUCUCUCAAAGACUCUUCAACACAAAGCAGUCUGGCAUCUCUGGGAGCCGUGAAGUUUCCCAGAAAGUUCUAUCCAGCUUUGCUCUGUCUUAGCAGUCUCUUCCCCAAGGCGUCUGCUUCCCGUAGCUCUCAUAGCAUCAUACAGCAGCCAGACUGGACCCAAGUGAAUCUGGGGAAUAGCUCGAGGAACACUGCUGCUUGGGGUCUCUCGGCUGCCACCCACCCUUCCUGCUACCACCUUCCUCCCACACCAGCCAGCCCCCCUCCAGGUCUAGACACUACCUGGCCUUUUGGGAGAGGACUCUUGGGACCAGCUAGUGACCUGUGGAAGCAAGUGCUCCAAAGGAAGGAGAUGACUAGAACCCCCACACCCCUAGACCACCCUUCCUUUCUCGGCUCUGUAUAUGAGGCUCUGGGGAGCCUUCAGUUGUCCCAAGACCCCAGGGAGAACUAGUAUGAGGAGGAUUGAGGACGGAAGGUCCUCAGCUGCUGCCAAUCAGAAACCCAGUCCUUAUCUUCCAAAGUUGUUGGCUGAGUGGGCAAGUUUAUAACCCUGGCUGGAGGAAGACUGUGGGAAAAACAGCCAGGGUCCCUAUAUGGACCCAUUCACACUGGCUUGACUGGGUGGCUGAGAACGGACCUCUUCUUUUAGAAGUUACUUCAGGGAUAUAGCUGAGUCUGCUGAGCUGCGCCCCUGAGCAAUGGACCAGCUGUUCCUUUAAAUCCACAGUUUUGGGAUGGAAAACCUAUCCAGAUGCUCACAUUAUUGAGCUGAGGGCUGGAAAGUGUCCCCUGUGUUCCAAGGAUGAAGAGAUCAUACUAAGCCCAGUGAAUGAGCGCCUAGAAAUGUGGAACCCUGGAGUGGAAGUAUCCUGUGUUUUCAAGGGACUCUGCAAAUGAGGACAAAAAAAAAAAAAUCUCUCUUUCUCCGUGGGAUGCAUCUGAGCCCUUCCAAUGUGUUCCACACUUGCUGUUAUGACAGGAGGAGCUGCUAAAUUUAUGUACAUGGACCGCCCAGAUCUUCUGGGGUGACACUCCGGGAAAGAUGGCCAAAUAGCCUGGGGUGACCAGAGCCUUGGAGAGAGACCCCCGCCCGCCUCAGUGCUCUGUUUCUCAACACCAGCUGGUGUUGCACAGAGGUCAGGAAGAGUUUGGAGCUCUUGUGUAUAGAUUUAAUCAUUCACAUUGUAAAAAGAACCCCACCUCCCCAUCCCGAAAGGACAAACGCUCUGGAAAAUGAUUGCCAAAUGAGAUGGCUGGUUAGAGCAUGUGUAAUUUUUUUCUAAAGCGUAUUUCAUAUAUUUUCUUAAGAUUACAUCAAGUUAACUGUGCAAGAUUAAGUCACUUAGUAAGAAAACUCUUGGAGAAAUAAAAUCAA